GGCUUUUGAUUCCUCGGUUUCGUGCCGACCGCCAUAUUUCUCCCAGCAGAACAUGUCCUCCAACACGACGACUCCGGAGCAGCAGGCCUCUCUGGAAUAUCAAAAAACGCAUUUCUACGAGGAUCGCGGUCCGGAAGUGCUAGCGGCCUGCGUCGUCAGCAUUGUUUUCUGCGUGUUGGCGGUCAUCCUCCGACUAUGGGCCCAGGCGAUCAUCCACAAGAUAUUUACGCCAGACAGCAUCCUGAUCCUUAUCGCCGCGGUAAUAGCGAUCGCAACGACAUCCUGUACAAUAGCGGCAGUUCAUAGCGGACUAGGAAAGCAUCAGAUUCGAGUCAUGUCCAUCGAUCCGGACCCACCGGCCAAAACGGCUUUCAUCUUUGAAAUGGGUUAUAUUGUAACCAUCCUGCAAGCCGUCGCGUUGAUGUUCACCAAGCUCUCGAUUCUGCUGUUUUACCACCGGGCGUUCACCACCGUGCUGCGGCCCCUCAAAUGGACCAUCUGGAUCCUCUUCUAUUACUGUAUAGGGUUGGGAAUCGGGUCGACAGUCGAAUUCAUCUGCGCCUGCAUUCCUCCGCAGAUGUUCUGGCUGCGGGUGUAUCCCAUCUUUGGAUACCCGCUACCGGAGCCCCUCGAAGAGAAUUGCCUCCCGCAGCAGAUGCACCUGGGAGUCCCCCUGCUCUUGGAUCUGGCGUCCGAGAUCGUCAUGCUAGCGGUGCCGGCCAUCGUGCUGUGGAACCUGCAACUUCCUCUGCGCAAAAAGAUCGGCUUGACCUUCGCAUUCUCGAUGGGUAUCUUCGUCACGGGCAUUUCCGUGGUUCGAUUCUACUACUCGUGGCGCAUGGUCAACGACGGCGAUCUCUCGUGGGAUGACACCGACAGCUUCAUGUGGACGUCGGUGCAAGUCUGCUUUGGCAUUACGACGGCCUGUAUUCCGGCGUGUGCGCCCUUGCUGCGAAUGAUCCAGGCGCAGACCACACGCAAAGGUGGCUACGGCAGUAGUUUCACGUCGAAUUUCACCAGCCCUUCGAAACCGAAAGCCGACACGGAUAGCGUCGUGAAUCUGGCUCGGCCGACGUGGGACGACGUGGAGCAAAUUCCGUGGGCCGGUAAUUGCUGCGAGAUUCGGUCGGAGACGCCGGCACGAGGGGGUCAUCCCAUCCCCAUGCAAACACUGGGGAUCCAAGUGUCGCACGACGUGAAAGUCGGUCAUGUAGCCCUAAGGCCGAACAAGUGA